AUGAAUUCUAGGCCCGCUUCAAUCAUGAUGAGGGAGACAAAUGUCUCGAGAGAAGCGAGAAGCUCACAGCCCAAUGACAGCAGCAGCCUGAGCAACCCUGACGUGGGUAAUGAAGAUGAAGAUGAAGUCCAAUAUAUCACUGGAGUAGAAUUGACACUGGUUAUACUUGCGGUCAUUGGUGUUGCUUUACUUAUCAUGCUCGAUAUGUCCAUUAUCGCUACGGCAACCCCUAAAAUCACGAGCGACUUUCACUCUACUGCCGGUGUCGGUUGCUGUACUCUCCAGCCUAUGUCAGGCAAGUUAUAUACACGAUUCAAUGUCAAGUAUACGUACAUUGCCUUCAUCGCCCUUUUCGAGCUUGGCUCGUUGGUAUGUGGUGUUUCGACCUCGUCCAAUAUGCUCAUUGUAGGGAGAGCAAUUGCUGGAAUGGGGAGUUCUGGCGUCUUGAACGGUGCAGCCACAAUAUUGUCCGCCUCUGUACCUCUUGAAAAAAGAGCUCUGUACUUUGGCAUUGUGGGAUCAUGUGGUCAGAUAGGCGUGGUGGGCUCGCCAUUAAUUGGAGGUGUAUUGACGGAAUAUGCAACCUGGAGAUGGUGCUUCUACAUCAAUCUCCCCAUCGGCGGGCUGGCAGUGCUUGCUCUUCUUUUCAUUUCAAUUCCCGAACACAGUCUUAACAGACCUGAGCAGCAAUCGGAUAUCCAUUUCGCCUCUCUCUUUUCUGAUCUCGACACUAUUGGCUUUCUCCUCCUCUCUCCGACCCUCGUUAUGUUCCUUCUCGCUCUGGAAUGGGGCGGGGCAACAUAUCCUUGGAAUAGUACGAUGGUAAUCGCUCUAUUCUGCGGAUCGGCCGGCAAUCUGGCAUUAUUCCUAACUUGGGAAUACAAGAAGGGAGACGCGGCGAUGAUCCCCUUGAAAAUGAUUAAGCAGCGGGUCAUCUGUUCUUCUUCGUUGACUAUGUUCUUCCUUUAUGCGAAUAGCCUGGUCACUUCUUACUACCUGGCUAUAUACUUCCAAGGAGUGCGAGGCGAAUUGCCGAUGUUUAGUGGCGUGUAUAUGCUACCGGGUAUCAUUGCUCAAAUGGCCUCUGGUUUCUUAUCUGGCUUAGCAGUCCAGAACAAUGUCCCUCCCUCCAAAAUCGCUGUCAGUGUGGCUUUUCUCUAUUUCUGCCAGACCUUCGGUGGCGCACUGUGGCUCUCCUUCGCCAGCACAGUCUUCAAUGCCGGUCUUGCAAACCUUCUACCCAUAUACGCACCAGACGUUUCCUUUGCGGAAGUAACUUCGGCUGGUGUAUCGGGAAUUCGAUCUGUGAUACCACAUUCUAGUCUAGACGGUGUGAUUAUGGCUUAUAAUAAUGCUGUUCAGCAUGUUUUCUACAUGGUUGCUGGGACUGCGACGGCGGCUUUUGUAGUUAGUUGGGGGCUAGGAUGGAAGAGCGUCAAGAAGAGAAGAGCCUAG